UAGAUUACAGCAUUCAUGUUUGCAGCUCCUGUCUUAAAAAGUGGAUAAAGUUUGUUCAUUUUGGAGAUGAGAUAAAUUAGUUUCUGCUACUUACCUGAAUGAAAACAGAACAAGUUUCACCUGUGGAUCAUGAGAUGUUGUUGAAAUCCUUAACAAAGUCUGCUUUUAAAGACAGAAGUAUCCCACACCAUUGCCAGUACAGAGAACUCCUCCUCCUUGGAUCAGCUUCUCAAGGAUAAUCAGGGCUCUCUUACAACGUCUCCUUCCAGCAGGCAGUGGGGCUUCAGUCGGGGGGACACUGGCAGGCGGACUGUCUGAGAGCCCUGCUUAAUCUGGGAAAAGGGAAUUUUAGCAUCUUCCAGGGUCAGUGGGAAGACCAUGGCUCCAUCCAGGACCUGUCAGGAGUCUUUGUUGGUUCUUUUGUUGCAGAUCUUGCUGAUUUGCUCGGCUCAGAGGGGCCCGGUUGGACCCAGAGGCCCCCCGGGACCUCCCGGCCCAGGCGGCGUGCCAGGAGUGGAUGGAAUUGAUGGGGAUCGAGGAGAAGACUCCACAGUGGUUGGAGGACUGGGACCUGAUGGAGACAACGGUAAAGAUGGGACUCCUGGAGCGCCAGGCCUUCCAGGCGCAGAUGGACCUGUGGGACCUCCUGGGGAUUCAGGCCCAGUGGGUCGAAAGGGGUCAAAGGGGGAACCUGGCGCUGCAGGACCUCCUGGAGAGUCUGGAGUUGGAGCCGACGGGCUGGAUGGUAUUCCUGGUACAGAUGGGCUGCCAGGUGAACUGGGAAAAGUGGGACCACCUGGAGCAAGAGGAAGGCGAGGUCAAGCUGGUGCUGCUGGUGCCGCUGGUCCUCGGGGACCUCCAGCUGUUUAUCAGGGCGAGGAGCUGUGUCCCAAUGCCUGCCCAUCAGGCCUGAGUGGACAUGCUGGACUCCCUGGGAUGAAGGGCCACAAAGGGGCUAAAGGGGAAUCAGGUGAGCCCGGACGACAAGGACACAAGGGAGAGGAGGGUGAACAGGGACCACCUGGUGAAGUUGGCGCUCAAGGGCUACCAGGCCCUGGUGGAUCAAGAGGCCUUCCAGGAAUAAUGGGCUCCAAAGGUGACAGGAUAAACUGGAUGCAAAAUUAA